UCCUGUGAGGGGUUACAGUCACCUUCCUUGAGCAGCUCGUGCGGAAUCCUGCCUGGAGACUUCAUGCCAGCAUGGCCCUGCCAGGGCUGGUGCUGGCAUUUCUCCUGGUCCUUGCUCCUCUGCUGCUUGCACGGGGACAGAGGAACCACACUACUGUGAGUCCGUGGGUAUAUAAGGAAGCAGGAAAAUGUGAAAUUCCUCACUGGGACCCCGAACUGCAGUUCACCCCCAAGAAGAGCAUCUAUGCCUUGAAUGAGCUGGUGCAGCUGAGCUGUGCUGGCAACUCUGUGCCAUCUGUCCSCAAAAUCAGAUGCAUCUCCAGAGGGGCCCAGGCCGAGUGGAAUGAGACUGCCACCUGCAUGGAACUAUGCCCAAGGUCUUCUUGGUGGGACCCCAGACUCCAGCUGGCACCAGCCCAUGACACUUACAAAGAGGAUGAAGUAGUGACUCUGAGCUGCAACCGUGAUUUCCAGCCAUCUUUCACCCACAUCAAAUGUGCCAGCAUGGUUCAGCCAUCAAAUUAUUCUGGAGUUCCAAAGAGAUAUGUGUGGCUCGGGAGAAAGGACAGUGAUGUGUGGAUUCAAGUUGAGGGGAACAUAGUGUGCAUUGAAACAUGCCAAAAACCCCACUGGGGCCAAAGAUUCCAGAUGGCACCAGACAAGGAGAGUUACAAGAAGAAUGAAGAAGUGAUGCUGAGCUGCCCUGGGGGUUUCCAGCCAUCCAUCACCCAUGCCAAAUGUACAGGAAAAGUUCUGUCUAUUAUCAAUGGAAAACCUGUGCACAAAGAAGUUUGGAAUGGAAGGGGCAGCAGAGGCGGUUGGAUGAACAUUCAGCCCAUGUCCAGGGUGCAAUGCCUUGAGAAAUGCCAGAAGCCCCAGGGGGACCGCAGGGUUACAUUUGACCCAGAACAGGAAAUCUUCAACCAAAAUGAAGUGGUGAAGGUGAGGUGCCCUGAGGGGCACUGGCCCCCACUCAUGGAGAUGAAAUGUGUGAUGCUGAUGCCAAGGCAAGGUUCCCUGAUUCCUCGUAGUGGCUGGAUGGUGAGGAGAGGCACAGACACCUGGCAGCAUAUGGAGAAGAAUUUGACUUGUGUGGAUACCCUCCAGGUUGUCCCUGAGACCUUGAAGAUUUCCAGUACCAGCAUCCAACUAAACUGGACCUGCAUGCUCCCUAACACCUGCCAGAGCAUUCGGGCCAGGUGCCGGCUGGACCAUGAUUACUCCUCAGACUGUGAGGCUGAGGAGUUCAAGGGAGAUCAGAUGCUACAAGGCCAGGAGGGAACCUUUAUCUGCUCYCCUCUUCAGCCCUUCACUCUCUACACUGUCACCAUCACCCUGAAUAGCUCAAUCCUGUACACGCGGCCCCUCAAGACAAAGGAAAUGGUGCCAGACAAACCAGAGGAGCUGGAGCUGGAUCCCAGCACGGGUGCCCUCAGGUGGAAGGCACUGUCCCACUGCAAAGGGAAGAUCACUGGAUACCAGGUGAACAUCACCGCCAUGCGAGCAGAGGAUGGCAGCUUCCUCGAUUUCCAUCACAAGUUCGUGAACUCGUCUGUCACCGAGUACGUGCCACCCCGUCAGACAGCUGGCAGCAAAUACCUGGUGACAGUGCAGGGCCUGACAGCAGCUGGGGCUGGCGCUGCAUCACAGCUGGAAUUCCAAACCUACGUCGUGGUUUCAGGGCAGCCCCCGAGUUCUUGGCCUGGCUCAGCAGUCACGGUCAUCGUGGUGGUGGUGCUGUUGAUCCCCUUGGCCGCAGGGGUGCUCUGGUUCGUGCUGUGCAGAAGAAAGGAGGCCUUACCCAGCAAAGUUGAGGAGGACCAUUACACAGAGCUCCAGCCCUAUGAGAAUGUAGAUGGGGGUAAUUACUGCAUGAUCAAGACUUUUCUGGCAGAGAAAGAUCCAGGUGAAUGUGGCCAAGAUGAAGAGCCAUUUCCCAAGCCCCCACCUGUUCUGGAAUCCUUAGGAGACAGAGGGAGCAGUGAGGGAGAAGCUGGAAUGGACUUCUGAGGUUCAGUGGUGAUGGCACUUCUGUUCUCAAGGCUUGGUCCUCCACCACCAUAAGCAGGACCAUGAAUCUUGUCAUGGAUUAUUGCUAUAAAAUUUUCUGCUUCAUCAAGCCCCAGAAUCUCUGUCACAGCACAGGAGCAGCUCAAGGAAUGGGAUGACCUGCGUGUGCCAGCAAGGAUGUGUCCUGCUAAUUCUCCAAGUGCUCUGGCAAAGCCAUUUGGUGCCUGCAACUGUGCCCUGAGACUGAAGGAACUCAMAACUGUUGUUCCCACCCUGUGUAUCCCUGUAUCCAUCUAGACCCUGUCCUCUGCUUGAGUUYGGCCCAGCUGUGUUGCCUUGGCUGCUGUGCUGCUGCAGUGU